GCGUGGUCACGUGAGUUCCAGGAACCAGCGGUCUGGUCUGCAGCCAACCCGAAGAAGAAGAAGAAGAAGUAGACGUAGACGAAGACGAAGAAGAAGCCACGCCAAGGAGAUAACAAAGCUGUCAGCUCUUCGGGUAACUCCGUCCAAAGCUCGCCCUUAAAUGUGAUUUAACGGCCCCCACCAUGUCCAGAAGUGGGUGGUCGAAGCGUUUAAGAACAGGAGCUUUCCCGGCCCUGUGUGAGGUCCCUCAGGGUCCGGGCAUCCAUGUGUACCUGUUCUGGUCAAAGGACGGGGAAAGGUACUUGUCCCACACGGGGGGAGGAGUCACGGCAGAGGAGCUGUGCAUCUCAGCUGCAGAGGCUGUAGGGAUAACUCCUUUGUGCCAUGUGCUGUUUGCUCUGUACAAUCCACAAUCCCACUGCUGGUACAGCCCAAACCACACUUUCACUCCAGACGACUCCGUCCUCAUUCUUCACUACUGUUUGAGGUUUUACUUUCGGAAUUGGCACGGACUAAAUGAGAAGGAGCCAACUGUAUCUCGUUAUGCUCUCAGAUCUGGAACCAGUCAGGGGGUUUCGCCUUUGUUUGAAAUCAAAUCCUUGGAGUACUUGUUCUUCCAGGCUAAAUAUGAAUUUGUGAACGAGGUGGUACAGAUGGAAGAAGUUCAGUCGAAGGAGGAGCAAAGUCGCUUUAAAAACGAGAGCUUGGGGAUGGCUGUGCUGCAACUCUUACACCAGUCGAUGCAAACAGGCUGCACCUUACAAGAUGUUGCAGAACAAGUCAGCUAUUUGCACUGCAUUCCAAGGUCUUUCGCCAAACACAUGUCCAAAGACAACUUCCUGACAAAAAUCCGUAUCCGGCGGGUUUUUGCAGCGUUUGUGCGGACCUUCCAGCAGCACACUGUGGCUAAGGGCCGGCUGGGCACCCAGGAGAUCAUGUGUAAGUACAUCUCUACUCUCGAACACAUGGUGCCACGUUUCGGAACAGAGACCUUCACUGUGUCGCACCUGGAGCUGAGAGAUGAAGGGAAUGGAAGCAGCUCUCACUCUAACGCCACCCAUUGCCAGUGUGCCUCCAAAGACGAGUUAAUUAGCCCCGCCACCCGGGAGAUACUGGUGUCUGGCACCGAGGGGAUUCAAUGGAGGCUGGUGUCCGAGCAAAAGGCACAGGCCAACACGUAUUUCAGGAACGACUACAUGAGGAACAAAAAGCAACAGUCCAGCCAGCCGAGUGCGAACACUCGUAAUGAAUGGACCUCCUUCUGUGAUUUCCCUGAAAUAACUCACGUAGCCAUCACUGGAAGUAACGUGUGCAUUAGCACUCUGGACAACCACUGCAUGGAGGUUCAGAUGAACUCCAGCCAGGAGGCCCGUUCCUUCAUCUCCCUCCUAGAUGGAUACAACCGGCUGACUGCAUUCGCCCACCACUAUCUUUGUCAUGAAGUGGCUCCCCCAAGGGUAGUGAUGAGUGUAGCAAAUGGACUGCACGGCCCGAUGCAUGAUGAUUUCGUGCUGCUGAAGCUGAAAAAGGAGGCUGCAGAGGAGGGAGCUUUCCUCGUACGCUGGAGUGGUCUCCAUUAUCGCUGCAUCAUCCUAGCUGUCCUGAACAAAAAUGAGAACGGAUCGAAGCCGAGCCACAAGCAGUUUCGGAUUCAGCUCAAGGAUUCGAUGUUCUGUCUGGAGGGCUGGGAUCGAGAAUUCUCCAGUAUGAAGGAGCUCACGGAAAACCUCAAGACCUUUGUGCUCAAGUCUGGUUCGGACAGCUUUACUGUCAGAAAAUGUUGUUUGCCAAAACAAGCAGAGCUGUCCAACCUUCUGGUGAAGAGGAAAGGUGUUCACACUGACUCCUUGACCCUGAACAGGACCCAGCUAAGCUUCCACCAGAUCAAGGACAAAGACAUUGUACAGGAACAGCAUCUGGGCCGCGGGACUAGAACCAACAUCUUCUCGGGACGUCUGCUGGUGCGAGGUGGAGGAGAAAAUGACGAGGAUGACGAGUUCAACAACAACUCUGCGGACCACAAAGGGAUCCAAGUGGUUCUCAAGAUUCUAGAACAAAGCGAUAAAGACAUCGAUAUUGGUUUUUUGGAAACGGCGAGCCUCAUGAACCAGGUGUCCCACAGCCACCUGGUAUUUGUACAUGGUGUGUCAGUCAAAGGAUCUGAAAACAUCAUGGUGGAAGAAUUUGUGGAGUUUGGCCCUUUGGAUGUUUUCCUUCGCAAAGAAAAGGCAUCAGUGACUCCUCAGUGGAAAUUCAUUGUUGCAAAACAACUCGCCAGUGCCCUAAAUUAUCUCGAGACCAAACAGCUGGUUCAUGGGAACGUCUGUGCCAAGAACAUUCUGGUGGCGAGGCAUGGUCUGAAGCACGGCACCACUCCGUUUGUCAAGCUGAGUGACCCGGGCAUUUCCCUGAGUGUCCUUUCAAGGGAAGAGCGUCUUGAGCGGAUCCCGUGGAUCGCCCCGGAGUGCAUUGACAGCGGCUCUCCCAUCGUCAUCGCUGCUGACCAGUGGAGCUUUGGCGUCACGCUGCUCGAAAUCUGCAACAACGGCGAUCUUCCCAUGAGUGGCUGCACAUUGUCUGAGAAAGAGCGUUUCUAUCAGCAAAAGGGACGUUUAGCCGAACCGUCCUCCCAGGAACUGGCCAGCUUCAUCAGCAUGUGUUUGACCUAUGAGCCUUUGGAGAGGCCUUCGUUCCGCACUGUGCUCAGAGAGCUCACGGAAAUCAUGAUCAAAAAUCCGGAUAUAUCCCCCAGUGAAGCUCUCCCUCACACAGACCCCAGCGUGUUCCACAAACGCUACCUGAAAAAGAUGCGCGACUUAGGGGAGGGUCACUUUGGAAUGGUGACUCUCUACCUGUACGACCCGGCCAACGACGGGACAGGAGAGCACGUGGCAGUGAAGGCGUUGAAACAAGAGAACGGUCAUGUCCCUGAGGGCUGGAUGAAGGAGAUUGAGAUCCUGAAGUCUCUCUAUCACAGCAACAUUGUCAAGUACAAGGGCUGCUGUACUGAACUGGGAGGACAUGUUGUGCAGCUGAUUAUGGAGUACCUUCCUCUGGGGAGCCUGCGAGAGUACCUUUCCAAACGCAAACUGGGAGUGCCCCAGUGCCUCAUGUUCGCUCAGCAGAUCUGUCAGGGGAUGGAGUACUUGCACACUAAGCGAUACAUCCAUCGAGACCUCGCCGCCCGCAAUGUCUUGGUGGAAAACGACAGUUUGGUGAAGAUCGGAGACUUUGGCCUGACGAAAUACAUCCCUGAAGGCGACAUCUACUAUCGCGUUCGAGAGGACGGGGACAGCCCGGUGUUCUGGUAUGCCAUUGAGUGCUUGAAGGAGAGUAAAUUUUCCUUUUCCUCUGACAUCUGGUCCUUUGGCGUUACAUUGUAUGAGAUCCUGACCCGCUGUGACCCUCGCCAGAGUCCUCCAACAAAGUUCACUGCCAUGAUGCAGAAAGACACUCAAUCACAGAUGACUGUGAUUGAGCUCAUUAAACUGUUGGAUAAACAGUUGCGAUUGCCUCGUCCCAAAGACUGCCCUCAUGAGGUGAGGAUGUUGAUGGAACAGUGUUGGGCUGCAGAGCCAAUACAACGGCCAUCAUUCGGAUCCCUCAUCGAAAAGUUUGAGGCUGUUCGUCAAACAUACAACUGGCAGUCGAAUAUAAGCUUUUCUCUGGCUCAGAUUUGAUUUAUAUGUCAUCACGUUGCCACUAUGGCCACCAUAUAUUACAGUGAUGAGCCUCCGUUUUUAUUGUUGUCUUUACAGGUUUCUUUUAUCACUGUUUUGUUUCCUGGCCAAGGAAUUGAACUUAAUGAAGAAAGAGCGAAAGCUUUGGCGUCAGCUAGCUUUCCAUAUAUAACAGUUGUUAUUAAACAUUUCUGUAACAUUGAGAGAUGACUAUCUUUAAUUUCCUGUUUGUACAUUUGUUUGUGUGUAUGUUAACUUUAAGUUGCAUUUGGUAUAAACCGAAAUAACAAAUUCAAAAUACAAUAAACCAUUUUCUACUUGCCCUUUUA